AUGGCCAAGGGGAGGGAGGACGCCGAGGAGAAGCAGACCGCCUUGCGCAAGAUGCUGAAGAAACACCUCCCGGAUAUCGAAGAAGUGUUCGACAUUCUUGACUUGGACAACAGCAACUGCUUGUCAAUGGCGGAGUUGGAGGCUGCAGCCCAAAACGGCAAGCUGGUACUCCCAGAAGACUUGAAAGAGUACGUCGAUCCGUGCAAGCUUCUUGACAUAUUCUACCUUCUGGACGCAGACCAGUCUGGAAUGAUCGAAAGGGGUGAGUUCAUUGACGGCAUCGCUUCUCUCGUGGUGUCCUCCGUGCCCUUGGAGACGACACAGAUUCUGCAGCUGCUGCGGCAAAGCCACGAAGUCCUGAUGGACACCAGCAAAGCAAUUGCAAGGCUGAGCGCAUGCAGAACAACACCUUCUGGGCCAGAGGGAGGUCGCUCCUCCCCUCUGAUGCCGCCUCUGAUUCAGCCAGACUGUAACCUAGAACGCCUGUGA